GUGCCAGGAUAUUGUAAAUCCCACAAGGAAGGACGCAAGUAUUGUCCCUCCUCAAUAUAGGUUUCCAAAUUGGAUUUGGAUUAGCGGAGGAGAAGGUUCUGUUUCCAAAUUGGAUUUGGAUUAGGUUUUGCCCUUUUAGUUUGGAUGUAAAAUUAGAUUAGGAAUCUAAUUUCCUUUACUAGUAUUGACCGUAUGGAUAUAAAUACAAAAUUAAAUCCCCAAAUCCUUGAAUUUGUUCCCUUCUUCAACAACCGCAACAUCAACUGCCCUACGAUAAAACCCUAAUUCGAUGGAUCCGGGAAAGAAGAUGAGAUUGACGAUGAUGGUGGAGAAGGAGGAAGCACCAGCGUUUAAGGAGGAGGACGAGGAGGUAAGGCAAGUAAUUUACAUAGUUGCUCAACUGAAAAAUUCUUCUGUUUACUCCGCAGCAAUAUUUAAAUUAGAGAUAGAAAUCGAUGAAGAAGUAAAAGCUAAAGAUCGAUUUGUUGUGUUUAAUCGGAAGGAGUAUGUGGGGUAUGAAUCUCCUCCACGUUUAGGAGAUGUGUCUUGUGAUAUGGUGUAUAACGAUUUAUACCUAGUGUGUAGUUAUUCGAAGCUUGGCGGUAAAGGCGGCGGCCAAAUCCGCCAAGCUCCUGUUCAUAUAUUCGACACUGUGAAUGAACGACUCUUUGAGUUGUCAAACUCUGAUCGAGUUGUUGCACCCAAACCCAUGCCCGUAGUUAUGGCUGUUGGAACUCAACUUUAUGUGUAUGGGCAAUCCGUGGGAACUUCAUUGAAUGUCCCAUUGCCCACACUUGAGAGCUUUAGCUGUGGAGACCUGGAAUGGGAUUCACAAUUACCACCUCAGUUUGAUUUGCCUAAAUGUACCAGCGUUGAAGGUUAUGCUGUUAUAAACAAUUUUCUGCUCCUUUCGGUUGAAGAUUUCAAUGGUGUAAUUUCCCGUAAUGAAUUUUUCUACUUGAAUUUCUCUAAUUCAAACUGCAAGUGGGAAAAGUUGAUCUUGUCGAAAGAUGUAUACUAUCCCUUCCAUGGAAAGGCUGAGUUCAUUGAUGGUGUCAUUUAUUCCUGCAAUGGAGCCUUGUCUGUAUACAAGGUUGAUUCAUGUUCUGACGAGGAGGGUCUACAUAUAUCUCCUCCUCAGCUAGUUGGAUUUCCCAAGUUUGCAUCCCCGCCUCUGGAUUGGUCCGACUCCGUCUAUUUCUCCUUCUGCUUUGCAUAUAUGGGGAUUGGGAAGAGAUUCUGUAUCAUCAAGACUGGGGACUCGGGGUGUAUUGGUGAUCAACAAUACGUGGCCAUAUCUGUAGUUGAAGUUUCUGAUGAUCUGCGGUGUCUAACUACCCUCACUUCCACAAUCUGCCCACUAAACGUCAGUGGACUCAACAGUGACUUGAUCCUCAAUUCUUGCUUUGUCAAGAAGGAAGUUCAUAUGUGUUUGAGAAGAGCCUCUUCAUCUCAGUACAAUAAAACUCUAAAAAGCAAGAGAGUUUUUCCAAAUAUUUCAAAGGAGAGAAAGAAGAUGAGAUUGACGAAGAUGGUGGAGAAGGAGAAACCACAAUUGCCGAUCACGAUUAAGAAUCCGCGGGAGGCGAGGGGAGUAAUUUACAUGGUUUGCCAAUUGAAAAGUUCUUCUGUUUACUCUGCUGCGAUUUUUAAAUUAGUGAUGGAUAUGGACGAAGUAAACGCUGAACGUCGAUUUGAAGUGUUUAAUCGGAGAAAGUAUUUGGGCUAUGAAUCUUCUCCAUGUUUAGGAUCAGUGUCUUGUGGUAUGGUGUAUAAUGAAUUAUACUUACUGUGUACUUAUUCGCAGCUCGACCUUCAGGGCAGCCAGAUCCGCCAAGCUCCUGUUCAUUUAUUUGACACUCUGAAUGAACGAGUCAUUGAGUUGCCAAAGACUGAUCGAGUCACACCGAAACCGUUCCCCAUAGUUAUGGUUGUUGGAAAUAUCGACCUUCUUGUUUAUGGGCAAUCUGCGGCAACUUCAUUGAAUGUCCCAUUGCCAACUCUUGAGUCCUUUACUGUUGGAGUGGUCAAAUGGCAAUCACAAUUACCUCCUCAGUUUGAUUUGCCGGACUGUACCAAUGUUGUAGGUUAUGCGGUUGUAAAUAAUUUUCUCCUCAUUUCGGUUGCAGAUUUCAAUGGUAGAAAUUCUCAUAAUGAAUUUUUCUACUGGAAUUUCUCUGGUUCUAAUUUGAAGAACAGCAAGUGGGAGAAGAUGAUCUUGUCAAAAGACCAAAAAACUAUAUACCAUCCCUUCUCUGGAAAGGCUGAGUUUAUUGAAGGUGUCAUUUAUUUCUACAAUAGAGGGUUGUAUGCAUACCGGGUUCGUUCCUGUUCUGAUGAGAACAAUCUACGUAUAUCUCCUCCUCAGCUAGUUGGAUUUCCUGAGUUUGCAGCCCCACCUGGGGAUUGGUCCGACUCCAUCCAUUUCUCGUUCUGCUUUUCAUAUACGGGGAUUGGGAAAAGAUUCUGUAUCAUCAAGACUGGAGACUCAGGUUGUACUCCCGAUCAACAAUACGUGGCCGUAUGUGUAGUUGAAGUUUCUGAUGAUCUGCAGUGUCUAACUACCCUCACUUCCACAAUCUGCCCGCUCAACAUCAGUGGACUCGACAGUGACUUGAUCCUCACUUCUUGCUUUGUCAGGAUGGAAGGUCAUAAGUAUUUCGUAAGAGCAUUACAAUCAGGAGGAGGAGGCGGAGGAGGAGGAGGAACCAGUGCCGGUCAUGUUUAAGCACGUGCACGAUGCAGGGAAAUGUGUCGUUGAAGGAAGAUCUCUCUUCAAUGAUCAGAGCUGAAAGAGCAAUAGAGGGCAUCCAUUUCACAUGAAGACCCGCGAUUGUAAAUAUGUUCAGGUUCAUAUGUUUUGAUAGGAGUCUGUAGGUUGGAGUAAAAGUGAAAAUGAAACAUUCUGCCACAUUUUUCAGAUAAUGUUCAUAUUAAUGGAAGAUGAAAUUAAAUUGA